UUUCCUUUCAGUUAGUCCUGACGAAGGGUCUCGGCCCAAGACGUCGACAGUGCUUCUCCCUAUAGAUGCUGCCUGACCUGCUGUGUUCCACCAGCAUUUUUUGUGUGUUGUUGUCCCAACUCUUUACUUCAUCCCUCCCCCUCCAGGUUUCACCUAGCACCUUGUAGUUCUCUACCCCGCCCCCACCACCUUUUAAAUCUACUCCUCAGCAGUUUUUCUCCAGUUCUGCCUAAGGAUCUCGGCCCGAAAAGUCGAUUGUACUUUUUUGCCUGGCCUGCUGAGAUCCUCUAGCAUUGUGUGUGUUGCUCGGAUUUCCAGCAUCUGCAGAUUUUCUCCUGUUUGUACUGUAGAUUGAUGGUCCCUGGGUAUUGUCAGCAAAAACAAGCCCACAGACGAACACAAUCCAGUUCUCUGACUCUCGAGGACACCUCGGGCCAGGGCCAGGGCCAGGCCCAGCUCCAGUCACCAACUGCCCUCCGUGCCUUCAGGGACCGGCCCGGCGCCCGCUAGCGCCCUCACAGGCUGGAGGCCGUGUCCGCGCCCGCUCCGUGCCGAAUCUGCAGCCGAGAGGCUCAGGCUCGCUCUGCGCGGGAUCGAAAGUGCAGCGGUGGGUGUCGAAAGAGGGCUCGAUUUACCUGAGUCCAGUCUCCAUGGCGGCGGUGGUGGCAGCGAGCGGCGGCACCGGGACCCUCAACAAGGAGGAGAAAUACGAUCGGCAGCUGCGACUGUGGGGUGAUCAUGGACAGGAGGCAUUGGAAGCCGCACGAGUCUGCCUGAUUAAUGCCAGUGCCACCGGCACUGAAAUCCUCAAGAACUUGGUGCUUCCCGGAAUCGGAGCUUUUACAAUAGUGGAUGGCAAUGUUGUUGUUGGAGAGGAUGUUGGAAACAAUUUUUUCCUAAUCAAGGACAGCAUUGGCAAGAACCGAGCACAAGCGGCCACAGAAUUACUGCAGGAGCUGAAUAGUGACGUCAGUGGAAACUUCGUGGAUGAGAGUGUAGAGCAGCUGCUUGAAAAUGAUCCCACAUUCUUCCAUGGAUUCAGUAUCGUUAUCGUCACUCAACUCCCAGAGAGUUCGUUGCUGCAUUUGUCGAAUGUUCUUUGGGCUGCUGAUGUUCCACUGCUGGUGUGUAGGACAUAUGGUCUGGUUGGCUACAUGAGACUGGCUGUGAAGGAGCACCCAGUUGUUGAAUCCCACCCAGACAAUGCGCUGGAAGAUCUGAGACUUGACAAGCCUUUCCCACAACUGAAGCGUCAUGUUCAGGAGUAUGACCUGGAUAAUAUGAACAAAAAGGACCAUAGUCACACACCAUGGAUAAUUGUGGUAGCCAAGUACCUGGAGAAGUGGCGUGAAGAGCAUAACAAUCAGUUGCCAAAAACUUACAAAGAAAAGGAAGCAUUUCGAGAGUUAAUACGACAAGGGUUGUUGAAAAAUGAUGAAGGAACCCCAGUAGAUGAAGAGAACUUUGAUGAAGCCAUCAAAAAUGUCAACACUGCCCUGAAUCCUACCAAGGUUCCAAGUAACGUUCAGGAACUGUUCGAGGAUCAGCGAUGCACAAACAUCAACACACAGAGCUCUUCAUUUUGGAUCUUAACACGAGCAGUGAAACAGUUUGUGGAAAAGGAAGGACUGGGGAAUCUCCCUGUACGUGGCACCAUCCCAGACAUGAUAGCAGACUCUGCCCGGUUCAUUCGGCUACAGAACGUAUACCGUGAGAAAGCAAAAGAAGAUGCCGCUAUUAUAAGUGACUAUGUUACUGAAAUAUUGGGAUCAGUCGGUAGGGCCCCUGAGACCAUCUCUGAAAAAGACAUUUGGCUCUUCUGCAGGAACGCUGCUUUUCUACGACUUGUAUGUUGUCGAUCACUGGCAGAAGAGUUCAAUCCAGAGACUACUGACAAGGAUCAAAUAGCAUCAUGUAUGGAAAAUCUUGACAGUGAAAUGGUUUUGUAUAUAUUGCUACGAGCGGUUGAUUACUUUCACAAGCAACAUGGACGCUACCCAGGUGUUUACAAUAACCAGGUUGAAGAGGAUAUUGGGAAGCUAAAAUCAUGUGUGAUCAGCCUGCUGCAGGAUUGGGGUGUUUCCGUAUCAGUAAAGGAUGACUACAUCCAUGAAUUUUGUCGCUAUGGCGCUUCAGAACCGCAUGCUGUUGCCUCAUUCUUGGGAGGAACAGCUGCCCAGGAGGCCAUCAAGAUUAUCACAAAGCAGUUUGUACCUUUCAAUAACACUUUUAUUUACAAUGCAAUGUUGCAGACAUCGAUGACUGUGCGGCUGUAGGGCACUGCUGUUGUAUAUGAAUGAUAUGGUGGCAAGUCCUGUUCUUGUGGAUUAUUUUAUCAAGCAAUUUGUGUAACAUAAAAUUCAAAUAACUUAAUAAAAUUUGUUUGUUGAA